AAGCCCAGUCUCAAUUAGCUCUUGCCGCAAGCUUUCUUUUAUUAUUCUCCUUCGUCUUGUGUUGAAAUAAUAAUUUAUUCUCAACUGUGGUUUGAUUCGACCCGAUGAGGCGAAAUAGCCUACCAGAGUUUAUUGGCUAUUUUCGUCUGGUUUUAUUGAAAUCGCUAACUAAACCGUUUUUUCUCCAUCUACAGGUUAUACCAAACAUACAGAGAGAAGAGAAUAGGUUUUGCGAUCUGUGAUUUUCGGAGAAAGAAACGAAAAUGGCGUUUAGAGGGAAGGAGAUGAUGAAGAAGCUGGUGAAGAAAAUGGGACCGGAGAAUCUUACGCCGGAGCUGAAAGAGAAGCUCAAGGCUUGUGUUCCCGAUUCCAAAGUCGUGAUGGGCAGAGCCAAACGCGGCCUCUAUGCCGGCCGCCAUAUCCAGUACGGAAACCGAGUCAGCGAAGACGGUGGAAACAAGUCAAGAAGAUGCUGGAAACCGAACGUACAGGAGAAGCGAUUGUUCAGCUACAUAUUCGACCGUCACAUCAAAGUCAAAGUCACGACACAUGCUCUGCGCUGCAUCGACAAAGCUGGAGGAAUAGACGAGUACCUGCUCAAAACACCAUACCAGAAGAUGGACACUGAGAUGGGUCUUUUCUGGAAAACCAAAGUGGAGCAAAGAUACGCAGAGCUAGGUCAGAUGGAAGUAGCCUUUUUCACUCCAGAGGAUGAAGCCAAGUUCGAACAAGGAUUCAAAGACUUGAAUAUAGCUAAGAAAGAUGCUCGUAGGGAAGCUCGAAAGGAAGCUAGAAGGAAGAUGUAUGGAGGUGGAGAAGGGAAAGGUGAGGAAGAAGCUUCUAUUGAAGCUGGAGGGUCAGAGUCACACCAAGAUGAUCAUGGUUGGUUAGAAGCUAAUGCUUAAGAAAGAUGCUCUCUUUUCCUUUUUUGCUGAGUUUUUUCAACGUUUUGGAUUUUGAAAGAUGAGAAAGAAGUAAGAAGUGAGGUUAUAGGUUCGAUUCCUCCCUACGAAUCCCCAUAACUCAUGUUUUGACUUUGAUGAUCAAUAUUGAAAAGUCUUGUAAUAAACAGUUUACACCUCUUUGGAAAUUAAUGAUAUUAUUGCUCUU